AUGAGCUUCCGUACGGCCUUUACGGGCUUCCGAAACGAGGCUGCCUCUGCUACUUUCCGGUCUAGGCCCACAGGAGGUGCUGGAGGAGCGGCAGGAGCAGGAAGGAGAGCGUACACCCAGGGAGGAAUGUAUCAGGGCCCGUCGGCGUUCAGGAAGUGGGCUGUCAGGCUCGCACUCACAAUAGCCUUUCCCGCCGCGUACUUUACAGGCGCCGUCUUUCCUCCUAAAAUCGUCCUCCUCCUGUAUCCGCGCUACGCGCCCCCACCGCCCGCCGGGGACUCGCCGCAGGGCAAGGCGCUGAUGGGGGAGACGGAGAAGGAUUUGCAGAAGCUGUGGAUCGUGGCGAGGCUGAGAACGAGAGAGGGGUGGUAUGAGACUCGACCGUACGCCCGUUUCGACCCCGACAAGAUCCACAACUCCCUCACAGCCGGAUCAUUGCGCGGACCAGGAAAGCUCGCUGUCCCGCCUAUCGUCUUCUCAAAGGAUGACGAAUCGGAAGCUAUCGCUGUCCUGCAUCUCGGUCGUGCGCUGUGUGGCCACGAUGGGAUCAUACAUGGCGGUAUCAUCUCGACUGUCUUUGAUGAGAGCUUGGCGCGGAAUGCCCUGCUGAACCUUCCUACGCAUAUUGGAGUCACAGCGAACCUUAAUGUCAACUACCGGUCCCCGCUGCACGCUGAUCAGUUCGUCGUGGUUCGUACGAAGCUCGACAGCGUUAAUGGCCGAAAAGUCAUGGUGAGCGGGACGAUGGAAACGCUCGAGGGUGAAAAGAUUGCCGAGGCUACCGCGCUGUUCGUAGAGCCAAAAUGGGCAAACUUUUUGCAGAGCAGCGGAGUGACGGCUGCUCUGGGAAGACCACUGCCUUCUUCUUCGCCGGCAACGACGCCAGCCGUGUAUGCUAGCAAGGCGAAUUAG